GUUUCCGCUCAUCCUGAUGGAGAUGCGUCUGGAGCAUUGAUCACAAAGAUCAUGAGAGGGGUUGGCCUAGUUCUUCUCAGCUACAUAAACCGUUCUUCAUCCCCAGUCAACAUAUCUUGUCGUACAUAGUCCAUCGUCCAUCAUUCCUCACAAGCAAACAUCAUCACCGGCUAACUUGAUUCAAUUUCCUCUACCAAACUCUACUUUUACAGCCGUGAAAAAUGUCUGGCCCUAAAAUCCCCACCGAGCAAUGGGCUCAAGUCAUCGACAAGGUCGGUGGCCCCCUUCAAUACAAGAAGAUCCCCGUCGCCAAGCCAGGCCCAGAAGAAGUCCUGGUCAACAUCAAGUACUCUGGUGUCUGCCACACUGAUCUCCACGCCGUCAACGGCGACUGGCCCAUCCCCACCAAACUACCCCUGGUCGGCGGCCACGAGGGCGCUGGUAUUGUCGUUGCACGAGGAGAGCUUGUCACCGACGAUAUUUGCAAGAUUGGCGAGGCCGUGGGCGUCAAGUGGUUGAACGACUCUUGCCUGAGCUGCACAUUCUGUCAACAAGCCGACGAACCCCUCUGCUUGACCCCCAAACUCUCCGGCUACACCGUUGACGGAUCCUUCCAACAAUACGCCAUCGCCUCGGCCAGACAUGUGGCACACAUCCCAGAAGGCGUUCCUCUCGAUGAGGUAUCCCCCGUUCUCUGCGCAGGUAUCACCGUCUACAAGGGAUUGAAGGAGUCUGGGGCCAAGCCCGGCCAGACAGUCGCCAUCGUUGGUGCUGGAGGCGGGUUGGGCAGUUUGGCAAUCCAAUACGCCCGUGCCAUGGGCAUCCACGUCAUUGGAAUUGAUAGCGGUGACGAGAAGGAGCAACUGUCGAAGAAGUUGGGCGCAAGUGCCUUCAUCGACUUUGCCAAGUCGAGCGACAUUGUCAAGGAUGUCAAGGCCGCCACCAAAGACGGCCUCGGCCCCCACGCCGUUAUCCUCGUCGCCGUGAACGAGAAGCCAUUCCAGCAAGCUGCCGAAUACGUCCGACCCCGCGGAACCGUCAUCGUCAUCGGUCUCCCCGCAAAGGCCUACAUCCGCGCCCCAGUCUUUGAGUCAGUCUUGAAGAUGAUCAGAAUCCAGGCCUCAUAUGUCGGCAACCGACAGGACAGCGAGGAGGCCCUCGACUUCUUCGCCAGAGGUCUGAUCAAGGUUCCCUUCAAGACUGUCGACCUGAAAGAUCUCCCCAAGGUUUACGAACUUAUGCACCAGGGACAGAUCGCUGGUCGUUAUGUCCUCAAAAUCCCAGAUGCCGAGUAGGCUGAUGCUCAUUUUUUUUCUAUAUCCCUCAGCGAUUUUAAGGACCAAUGUCUUGUAGAUGAAACAGGUAGUCCCCAGGUUUCAAUGUUGGCCAUGACGAAUUUGGAUGGACCAUAAAAAGUAUGAAACCAAUGCUGGUGGCAGACAGUUUGGCUUUCAAAGCCUGCAAUGAAUAUGUCGUCCAACAAGAACAUUCUGAGAGUCACGUGUAAAGCUAUACGAUCAUAGAGCCGAGUAAUCUCGAACAUUGCUUUAUUCCAGCGUAUCAGUUAACUCUCAAGGUGAUUGUUUUGAGACCAGAGAGUAAAUCACCAAACUUUGCUUGCAGGAGUCAGACAUCGACGACUCACAAGGCAGUGGUCUGAUGUGGUACUCCUACAAAUGUGUGUAUUUUGACCCAUCGCAUCCAUCAGAAGCGAUCCUACGUGCUAUUCGUAGACCAUAAUGCUUGGCUUGAUAACAGGAAGCGAGGCUUCUUUCGUUCAAGCUUCAGCUGCAGAGGGAGUAGUGAGAGCUUGAAUUGGGAGUGAUGGGAACAGAGUUUCGUUAUUUCACCAAGAGCUACUUACUCGUAGUCAAAGACCAC